AUGGCAGCCAAGUUCUUAGGUGAGCCGUCGAAGGUGGUCACCGGAAGUCACGAUCGCACUCUCAAGAUCUGGGAUCUUCGUAGCCGGGCAUGUAUAGAGACUAAGUUCACGGGCUCGAGUUGCAACGAUCUCGUUACUUCGGACGGUUCGGGCUCGACGAUAAUUAGCGGUCAUUUCGACAAGACAAUACGAUUUUGGGACACGAGAACGGAGUCCGGGUCAAACGACAUUGUGCUUCAAGGGAAAAUCACCUCUCUCGACCUGUCCAGAGAUGCCAAUUAUCUUUUGAGUUGCGUCAGGGACGACACGUUACAACUUCUCGAUCUGCGCAUGAAAAUGAUCGUGGUAUCAUUUAGUGCUGACGGUUUCAAAGUUGGAUGUGACUGGACGAGAGCAACUUUCAGCCCAGACGGACAGUACGCAGCUGUUGGUUCCUCCGAUGGCUCCAUUUUUGUCUGGUCAAUACCGACGAACAAAAUCGAGGCAGUACUCAAAGAUCACACAGAUAUCGUCACUGCUGUUUCUUGGUAUCCACAUGGCACUUACCUAGCCUCGGUGGACAAAGCCAAGUGGGCUAGUGUUUGGGGUGACCAUGUCUGACAAGAGGAGCUUCCUGAAACAGUUACCAUAGUGGAGUAACUUUUCAGGACUCAUGAGGAAGG